CAAUUUUAGAUACAUUCGAGAUUAGUUUUCGCUAGAGUAGAAAAAGGAUGUAAAUUGUUCAGUGAUUUUAUCACCUAGCUUGGACAGUUACAAAGCUAGAAAGGAAGUUAUAACUGGCCUUUCUGUAAGAAAAUAGAUCAUCAUUGCGAGUCAGAUUGACGCUAAUAUUCUACUCAGCUAUUUAAAAAAAUAACUGAAUGUCUUUCACCACGAAAGACGUGGUCCUCAAAGAGGACAGGCCCAAAUCAUUGCUAUUACAGAAACAUUCAGAUUACCUAGCAAGUUAUGGAUUAAAUAAGGAUGAUUAUGAAUACUGCAUGACUGAAUAUCUUCGCAUGUCCGGUAUAUAUUGGAGUUUAACUGCAAUGGAGCUCAUGGAUCAAUCUUCGAGGAUGCCCAAGGAGGAAAUCAUUGAGUUUAUAAAAUCAUGCCAGGACAGCGAGAGUGGUGGUAUAUCAGCUAGCAUUAACCAUGAUCCUCACAUGCUCUAUACUUUAAGUGCAGUACAGGUACUAGCAAUGUAUGACAGGCUGGAUGCUAUUGAUGUUGAAGGAGUUGUAAGAUUUGUAGCAUCAAUGCAGCAGGAAGAUGGCAGCUUUUAUGGUGAUAAAUGGGGUGAAGUGGACACCAGAUUCUCCUUUUGUGCUGUGAUGUGCCUUUCUCUUCUUCAUAGAAUGGAAGACAUUAAUGUGAACAAAGCUGUUGAUUUUGUCUUAAGUUGUAUGAACUUUGAUGGAGGAUUUGGCUCCAAACCUGGCUCAGAAAGUCAUGCAGGUCUGAUCUACUGUUGUGUUGGAACACUGUCAAUAUGCAAACGAAUGGAUGCCCUCCAUGCUGAUGAGCUGGCCUGGUGGCUCUGUGAACGGCAAUUACCUAGUGGAGGCCUAAACGGAAGACCUGAAAAGCUGCCUGACCUAUGUUAUUCAUGGUGGGUGAUGUCGUCACUGUCCAUGCUUAACAGAAUACAUUGGGUAGAUAAGAAAAGUCUAGAACAAUUCAUACUUGCAUGUCAAGAUGCUGAAACUGGUGGAUUCAGUGAUCGACCAGGCGAUAUUACCGAUCCAUUCCACACAUUGUUUGGUUUAGCAGGAUUAUCAUUACUUGGCAACACUAGUAUAAAAGCUGUGAAUCCUACAUAUUGCAUGCCUCAAGAAACAAUAGAUAAAUUGAAAUUAGAGCCUCAAAUAUUGCAUAUUUAAUUUAUUUGUACAUAUUAUAGAAGUUACCAAGACCAAAAUAAAUUAUUUUAAAUCAUAUAAUUUUAUUAAUAUUGUAACUAUUGAAGUAUCCGUUAUUACUAUGAAGAUUGGUAGACUGUUUUAUAUUUUAUAUUCAAUUUAUAAUUAACUACGAUUCCUGCUAUUACAGUUAUCACAUACAAUAUUUUUGCUUUUACACAAAUAUAUUAUGUUGUGCCACCUAACAAA